CCCCACCUCCUCCUUCAGCCUCCACACCGAUCUAGGGUUUCCUGCUAGGGUUUUGGUCCUUCGGUUUCGGCGGCGCAAGAUGGGGGAGAGGGUCAAGGGAACCGUGAAGUGGUUCAACGUCACCAAGGGGUUCGGCUUCAUCUCCCCGGAGGACGGCAGCGAGGACCUCUUCGUCCACCAGUCCGCCAUCAAGUCCGACGGCUACCGCAGCCUCAACGAGAACGACACCGUCGAGUUCGAGGUCAUCACCGGCGACGACGGUCGCACCAAGGCCUCCGACGUCACCGCACCAGGAGGAGGAGCGCUCUCCGGCGGCUCCCGCCCUGGCGAUGGCGGUGGUGACCGUGGGGGCCGCGGCGGCUACGGUGGCGGUGGCUACGGCGGUGGCGGUGGCGGCUACGGAGGCGGUGGUGGCGGUUACGGCGGUGGCGGUGGCGGCUACGGUGGUGGCGGCGGCGGCCGUGGAUGCUACAAGUGCGGCGAGGAGGGCCACAUCUCCAGGGACUGCCCCCAGGGCGGCGGUGGUGGCGGCGGCUACGGCGGUGGUGGCUAUGGAGGAGGCGGCGGCGGCGGCCGCGAGUGCUACAAGUGCGGCGAGGAGGGCCACAUCUCCAGGGACUGCCCCCAGGGCGGUGGUGGUGGCGGCGGCGGCGGCUACGGAGGCGGUGGUGGCCGUGGCGGCGGCGGCGGCGGUGGCGGCUGCUUCUCCUGCGGCGAGUCCGGCCACUUCUCCCGCGAGUGCCCCAACAAGGCCCACUAGGCGGCACAGCUCUUCAGAUCUGAGUGCCCCGUUUACCCUCGCUCCUUUACCUACGUCCUGAUUCUGCAGCAAGUCAUACCCUAUACCUAUCAGUACUAGUAUUAGUCGCCGUAGCGUUUCCCCUGCUGCUCGAUCCGAGCUUGGUUCCAGAAGAAUUGCUGGUGGUGUGUUCGUCGUUAAGAUCCAAGUUAUUUUGUUGUCUCUCUGUGAUGAGGACACAGAUCUAUCUAUGUGUUGGAUGGACUAAGUUAUCGAAGUCAAGUUUGGUGUCUUGAGAUUGAUCUA